AUGCGACCUAUGCCAAUCUCUAGUUCUUGCGGAAGCUCUGAUCAUGAUGUGACAAUGGUUGGCCAACGUUAUGAAGAUGCAAAACACUUCAAGGAGGUUCUAUGCGAUUUUGCUAUCAAAUGCAAUUUUAAUUUUCAUUUCAUAAAAAAUGACAAAGAUAGAGUUACUAUUGUAUGCACUGCGGGUGGCUGCCCAUGGAGAGUCCAUGCCUCAAGAGAAGGUAAUCUUGCUACGUUUAAAAUCAAAACAUCACAGGGUGGUCAUACAUGUGGUGGAGGCAUUGCGACAGCAUCUCAUCCAAAAGCUUCAAAGAGAUGGGUUUGUAAGCAGGUACUUAACAAACUCCGGGAUUAUCCACUAUAUCAGGUUGUGGAUAUACAACGGGAUAUACUGCGUGAUCACGAUGUUCAUCUUCAAUACAAACAAGCUUGGAUGGGUAAAGAGAUGUUGCGGGAGGUUCUACAUGGAAGUGAUAUCGCAAACUGCGAUUUAUUACUAUUAUACGCGGCUGCGGGCAAGGUUGCUAAAACUAACCAAGGAAGCAUUGUCAAAAUUGAUUGGGAUGGUGAGCGGUUUAAGCAUGGUUUUUUCUGUUUCCAUGCAAGCCUUGAUGGUUUCCGAAAGGGUUGUAGACCACUGUUAUUCCUUGAUGGAAUUCAUUUUCUUGGUAGAUAUGGUGGUAUCCUACUAGGCACCAUAGGCAAGGAUGGUAAUGAAGGUUUCUUUCAUUUAGCUUUUGCUAUUGUGGACAAUGAGACAAACGAGAAUUGGACGUGGUUUAUAUCGACUUUGGGUGAUGCAUUAUAUGGUAAAAAAAACUAUAACAAAAUCAUUACGUUCAUCUCAGACAAGUCGAAGGGCCUUAUCAAUGCUAUUGUGAGGGUAUUCCCUUCCUCCCCGCAUGGUUACUAUCUAUGA